AUGCGCAAAGGCAGGCUAAGACCCAAGACUAAGCAGUCGUCUAGUGAUGAAUCAGACCCGCUAGUACUCAAUGAGAUGCUUAGCAAUGAUACUAAAACCAACGAGAAGACAAAGCGGCGCCUUCUGACCACUCAAUACAAGGAGCGAUUGAUGAACAGUCAGUUUAUUCUAGGGUGCAGGAAUUCUAUCCAGCACAUAAGGGAAUGCAAUACGGUCUUCUCUGCCGCUCAGAGCUUCGAUAUAUAUCGCCUCACCAUGUUCAAAUCAGCCUACAUAGCAUAUUUGGUGCUUAUAUUCCUACUGAUAGGAAUCAAUAUAUGGGCACUUGUGUUGAGUACAAAUGUGUUCUUCUCAAAGCAGACCUACGGAAGCUAUUUCUGGAUAGUUGAGCCCAUGCACAUCAGCUCCAUAAUUUUGCUUCUAAUACUCACAUUCUUUCUUUCUGGCCUUUACAUCCGACAAGACGAUUCUAUCUCUGUAAAGAUAGGGGCCGUCGUGUCCAUCUUUGCUAUCCACAUAUGCGUCGUCAUGCUGUACAUCCUUCAGAGCUUCAAUACAAAUAUCGUUGUCAACACACGUGCCCGGAUAUUGAAGUAUCUAAUACUUACCCAGGUGAUAAUAACGUAUACUGUUAUCUUUGUGAUAACGGUGAUGUACUUCAUCCUCGCAAUAGUGAAGAAGUGA